AUGUGCAACGGCUUCUCCCACCGGACCUCUCUCGGCGGCGCAGUCGCAAACCUCCAGUCCACCUCCCUCGACGCCGACAUCGACGACGGCUUCAGCAGCUUCCAGUUACAUUUCCACAACCCGCUGCCUCCCCCGCUGCCCACGGAGGUAUCAUACACGUUCGCGGUCCCCGAAUGCGAGAUCCGGAUACAUAACCUGGGCGACCUCACGGGCGGCGUGCAGACCGCCGGCGAGAUAUUGUUUUCGCUGGAGGUGGCGAUGGAGAAGGCGGAUGGGCUGCCGCUGGAUAGACGUCUGGAUCUGGGCGUGGGCGGCGACGGGAUCAUUGGUAGGUCCGUCUCCGUUGUUAGGAAGGGCGUCGUGCUGGGGGAAGGAAUUAUUGGGUGGAAUUGA